AUGGGCAGUGGGCCCAGUAAAGAGUGUCGGGGAUCCAGCACUCAGGCAGCCUUGCUGGGCCAGGAAGAGCCCGCUGAGUCAGUCAUACUGGAGAGCAGCAAGUAUAUGGUAGUGGCCCUGUAUAACUAUCCCACUGGUCCCCCAGCACACUGCCGCAUCCACACUGGAGAGAGACUCAGCCUGCUUUCAGACGAGGGGGAGUGGUGGAAGGUGAGAUCCUCUGCCACAGGCAAUGAGAGCUACAUCCCCAGCAACUACACAGCCAAGGUGUACCACAGGUGGCAGUAUGAGGGUCUCAGCCGAGAGAAGGCUGAGGAGCUCCUCUUUCUGCCCUACAACCAGACUGGCUCUUUUCUAGUCAGGGAGAGUAAGACCCACCCUGGUGCCAACUCCCUGUCAGUGCGUAAGAGCAGUGACCAAGAUCGUCGCUCAGUCAAACACUACCGGAUCCAACAACUGGAGAAUGGCUGGCUCUACAUCUCCCCCUGCCUCACCUUCCCCAACCUCAGAGCUCUGGUAGACCACUACUCAGAGGUCCGUGAUGGGCUGUGCUGUCUGCUAGGGGAGCCCUGCUUCAUCCAGGGGUCCAACAACGUUCCUGUGGUUACUGGGCCACUCCCCAUGGCUGUCAGGAAGCCCACCCUCAACUGGAAAGAUAUGGACAGCUCCAUGAUUUUUGGCAAGGACAAAGGCAAGGACAAUGAGGAUUCCCUGGUGAGCGAGGGAUUAAAGGAGGCCAUCAAAUCCUACCGCUUCAUGACAGAGGACUGCAAAGGCUCCAGCCACAAAUGGGACAGCUGA